AUGAUUACGAAUGACUCUGAUCUGCUUGGCAAAAUCAAAGAGAUGCUUCAGCGCAAUUGGACAGCUAUUUUAGUACUCAUCCAGCGUACAGCAAACAGAGCGGCUGAUUUAAUGGCUAAGACUGCUGCUUUAAACAAGCAGGUGUACCUAGAAUGGUGCAGCGCACUGCACCUACUCCCCUGUACCCUUACCACCACCAUGGCCACUUCAACCCUUCUCUCUUCCAACUUCCACCGCUCCUUUCGUGAAAAUCCCCGCCUGAACCAUGUUGCUACCGUGAUCCCAAACUUCUCUUCUCCCAAAUCCAUUUCUCUCACCACCCCUUCUUCUCUUACACUGAGCCACACUUUCAAACGCACAACUCUCAAAGAAGCUUUUCAAUCCUUGAUGACCCUCUUUCUCACUCAUCCAUUCUCAUUCCAGUUCAGUCACCCUGAGGCCUUUUCCAUGGUCCUUGAGCUUUGUGGCAGUGAAAAAGCUGUGCUACAAGGGCAACAGGUGCAUGCCUUUUUGGUUAAAAUUUGUGGGUUGUGUGGUUCUGUGUUCCUUGGUACAAAGCUUGUGCAUAUGUAUGGGAAAUGUGGCUUCUUUUCUGAUGCAGAGAAGGUGUUUGAUAGAAUGCCUGAUAGAACUGUUUUCACAUGGAAUGCUAUGUUAGGUGCCUAUGUGUCAAGUGGGAACCAUGUUAAGGCGCUUGAAUUGUAUAGAGAGAUGAGAGUUCUUGGAGUGGAGCCUGAUGCUUUCACUUUCCCUUGUGUGCUUAAAGCGUGUGGUGCUCUCACUGAUCGCGAUUUUGGGGAUGAGAUUCAUGGCUUUGCUCUCAAGUGUGGAUUUGGUACAUUUGUGUUUGUGUGUAAUGCGCUUAUUGCUAUGUAUGCAAAGUGUGGUGAUCUCGAAGGUGCUAGAACUUUGUUUCGUAAUAUGGAGGAUAAAGAUGACCCCGUUUCAUGGAAUUCUGUUAUUUUUAUAAAAAUAUUAUAUACACACUAA